AAGCUGUAGUAAAAGAAUUAGCGCGGCCACUGUUUUGUGCUGCAGGUCUUGAUGGUAACAGAAUAAAAGUUUUUGUUGUUAAUGAUAGUGUAAUUAAUGCUUUUGUAAUGAAUAACAAUAGUGUUUUCAUUAACUUAGGACUUUUGAGAUAUUCAACCAAACCUUAUGUUUUACUUGGAAUAUUAGCACAUGAGAUAGCUCAUAUAUCUGCUGGUCAUGUGUUACAGAUGAGUAAUGUUAUGGGAUAUUUUAAAUCGAUGGCAAUAGCUAGUUGUGUACUUGGAUUAGUUUCUGGUAUUGCUCUUGACUCCCAGGUUGCUAAUGCAGUUUUACUUGGUGGUGUAAUGUUAAGUACGAGGUUAUUUUUUAACUACUCUCAAGAACAGGAAAAUAUAGCUGAUAGUUAUGCUUUAAGGUACUUAGACGAAUCUGGUUAUGACAAUACAGGUAUGAAAGAAAUUUUUAAUUACUUUGGAAGUAUUGAGCCUGGGAGUGCUGAACGGUAUUUUCGCACUCAUCCGCUGAGUGAGAAACGUUUAUUUACUGUGCAAAAUUAUAAGGUUAAAAAUCGUAUAAAACAAAUUCCCGUAGAGCAAUUGUUAAAAUUUGAACGUAUGGUUAUGAAGCUAGAUGCUUUUUUUACCCCUAUUCAUGUACUAUCUAGCAAGUAUAAGGAUGAUUCGAGGUAUAUCAGUGCUAUAAUGUAUUAUAGGCAAGGAAGAAUGGAGGAAGCAACUCAGCAAAUUGAUUUGUUAGCUCAGGAUGACCCAUAUCUGUAUGAAUUAAAAGCGGAGGUGCUAUAUAAAGCUGGAAGAUUGAGUGAUGCUAUAGAGAGCUAUGAAAAAUCACUUAAGUAUUUAUCUAAUGAUGAUAGUUACUUAGUAAAACUUGCAUUAUCUCACACUUUAUUAUUAUAUGGUGAUGUAAAAAAGGCCAUUUUUUAUUUGACACAAAUUAUAAGUGUAGAACCACAUGAUGUUUUAGUUUGGAAAUAUUUAAGUAUUGCAUAUAAACAUGAUGCUGAUAUGGGAAUGCACUAUUUUGCAUUAACAAAGAAGGCUUUUAUUGAAGGUGAUUUAAAGCAAUUUGCGAAAUGUUCUGAGUUAGCUAUCAAUACUUUACCAAAAGAUAGUCUAUAUUUACUACAAGUGGAAGAUAUGAAGAAGUAUGGAGUAAAAUCAGAGUAAUUUAUCAAGGUCUAAUGUGGUCAGAAAAUUUUGUCCAAUGCUAAAAAGGUAUGAAGGUGAAGAGCUAAGUCUUGCGUUUUUUAUAUUCUUUCUUUAAAAGUAAUACUUACGUAUAGUGUUACCAUAUAUGUUUAAAAGUAUUUUUACAUUUAGCUUUUUUACAGCUAUCUCAAGAGUUUCAGGUUUGAUAAGGGAUGUAUUAAUUGCUACUAUUAUUGGUGCAACGUCUCUCGCUGAUGUAUUUUUUUCUUCAUUCCGCCUUGCUAAUUUAUUCCGUGCAUUUUUUGCUGAGGGAGCAUUUACUACUUGUUUUAUUCCAUUAUAUUCAGCGGAAUCUUAUGACAGUAAAAGAGCAUUUAAUUUCGCAAGUAGCAUAAUAUCCAUAACAUUUAUUAUCUUAGUAGUUUUCUGCUUUCUUAUGCAAAUUGCCUUUCCUUAUACAGUUAGAGUAUUUACUCCUGGUUUUGAUCAAAGCAAGUUUGCUCUUACUGUUACUUUAUCAAGAAUUAUUCUACCAUACAUAGUCUUUGUUUCAAUAGCAUCGUUAGUUGGAGGGAUGUUGCAAGUAAGGCAGCAUUUUGCUUCAACAGCUAUUUCCCCAGUUAUUUUAAAUAUUUGUUUAAUUGUUAGCCUAUUUGUACCUUAUGUUGCAACACCGGCACAUAAUCUCUCUAUAGCUGUAUUAGUAGGUGGAAUACUGCAAUUAUCGUUGAUGUUGUUCAGUGCAUAUAAACUAAGGGCAAAUUUUACUUUUAGCCUGAAAUUAAGCAGUAAAGUAAAAUUAUUUUUUAGGCGUAUAAUACCUGCAAUAAUCAAUAAUUGUGUGACUCAAAUAGGCGUAUGGAUUGAUACGAUCAUGGCAAGUUUUCUACCAAAUGCAGUGUCUUAUAUAUAUUAUGCUGAUAGAUUAACACAACUGCCACAAGGAGUGAUUGGCACUGCUAUUGGUACAGUACUUCUUCCUUUGAUUUCAAGACAAGCAGGUGAUGCUGCAAAUAUAGCAAGAAUACAAAAUAAAGCUCUAAAUGUGGGAUUAAUAUUAAUUAUGCCAACGACUGCUGCUUUUAUUAUUAUUCCUGAUAUCAUUUUGCUUACACUUUUUGCUUACGGUGAAUUCGAUUACCAUGCGGUGCAACAGACCGUUCCUACAUUGAUAGCAUUUUCUCUUUCUUUACCUGCGUUUAUUAUAAACAAGGUAUUGAUGCCAGCAUUUUUUGCUAAAGGUAAUCUUAAAAUACCAACUAUAUUUUCAUUAAUAUGUCUUGGGAUAAAUAUAGUGCUUAAUCUUUUGUUAAUGAAUAAAUAUCAACAUACAGGAAUUGCGAUUGCCACUUCUAUUUCCACUUGGAUAAAUUCUAUAUUUCUAAUUAACUAUUUAAAAAUAAAUAGAAUGUAUAGAGUGAGUCAAUUACUGUUAUCAAAUAUUGUAAAAAUACUUAUAGCUACAGUAGUGAUGUCAAUAGUUCUAUGUACUUUUCGCUUCUUAUCAGCAGAGUUACUUUUUGAUGAUAUGCUCACUCGUAUUGUUUAUUUAGCGAUUCUAAUAGCUUUGAGUAUCACUGUGUAUUUUGGUACUCUUUAUUUGACCUUUAUGAGAAAUUUAAGUGAUCUUAAACAUAUAUAAAUUAUGAGAUUUUCUAUAUACGCCAUAUUAUCAAUCUUGUUAGUGUUAGUGCUAACAAAUGUAGCUGUGACUUUCAAAGAUUGGAGUAGAUAUAAAGAAUAUAUCACACAGAAGUUAGAGAAAGAAUAUGAUGCUAAAAUACAUAUUAUGGGAAAAAUUGAAGCUUCGUUUAUUAUGCCAAAGUUAACCAUUCGCAAUGUAUAUAUACAGUAUAAUGGACAUGAAGAGCAAAAACUAUCAGACUUAGUUAGUGUGGGUCAAGUUGAAAUAAGACCUUCAUUUCUAUCACUGUUUUUAUUUUCACUUCAGCCAAAAUCUAUAACGUUGCUUGAUAUGAAGAGUAAUAGACAAAAUUUAUUUAACAUUGUAAAUAAAAAAUCUAGCAACAAUAUAAUGAAUAUUCUAAUAAAAGAUAGUCAUAUAAGCGUAGAAGAUGAUUAUAUCAACAUAAAAGAGAUCAAGAUAAAAAAGAAUAAAAAAUUUUCAGGUAAAGUAAAGAUCAACGAUAGCCAUUAUGACUUUUUAGGAAAAAUCAAUAUUACAAAAAAAAGCAUAGAUGUUAAUGUUGAGUCGAAGCUAAUAAAUUUACUAUUUCAAGGUAGUAAGGAGCAGGAAAAAGUAAAUGGCAACUUAGUACUAACUGUGAAUAAUAAUUCGGAUUCAAUAAGUGAUUUGGUGAAAGUUAUCAACCUGGGUUUACUAUCUCAUCUUAUUCCUAGUGAGAACAUUAAGAUAUCAUCCAAUAUAAAUAUGGAUGACGCCGAGUUUAUGAUGACUGAUCUCAAGGUUGAGUCAAAUAGUAUGCAAGCACAUGGUGCAAUACACAACGAUAGGAAAAGUAACCAUACUAAUGUCAGUGUAAAAUUUAGUAAGAUUGAUCUGGACUUUAUACAAGAUAAUUCGCGAAAAAAAGUGGAUGUGAAAGAUCUAUUAGAAUGUUUUAAAAGAAGUAUACCAGAGGACUUGAGCUUAGAUUUUAAUAUAGAUGCUUCUAAUAUUAAUUAUCAAAAAAAGAUAUUAGAUAAUUUUCGUGCUGCAGUGAAAUUUGUAGAUAGCAAAGCAACAGUCAAUACGCUUCUUAAAUUGCCAGGUAUUAACAAUAUAUUUUACCUAUCAGGAGAAGUUUCUAGUAACAAUGUGUUAUCUGAAUUUAAUGGUAAUCUUCAAGUUGAGGGAAAUGAUUUUGAAUCGUUUAUUUCAUGUUUUUUUCCUUCUAUAACGAUAAAUGAAGAUAAGAAAAAUCAAUUUAUUUUACAUUCUAAAGUACAUUUUGCACCUAGAGUACUGUCAAUUUCAGAUAUAACAUUACUCAAUCAUGAAGAAUUUUUACAAGGAUCAAUAAAGGUAAGUUAUACAAAAAAGCACAACAUGAUUGAUGGAAGAUUUAGUAUACACAACCUAAAUGCAGAUAAAUAUAAUUUUGGUAGUUUGUAUAAAGUGCAAUGGCUAAAGAAAUUUAAUCACGAUGUAAAUAUAAAGAUUAGCAUAAAUGAUUUGAUAUUGAAUGAUAAGAAAAUCAAAAGUUUAGAUUUUUUAUUGAAUAUAGAAAAAAAUAGGUUGGUUGCUAAUAGAAUUCAAGUACAUGGAGAGGGUUUUGAUACUACUGGCAAUGUUAGAAUAUUGAUGGACCAAGGACAUGUUAAACCUUUAGUGGAUAUUGAUUUUAUAGGAAAAAAAUUUAAUGGGAAUAUUAUCAAAUUACCUGAUUUUAUAGAAAAGACAAAGACUUCAAAAAAUAAAAUAACUCAGGUUCAAUGGUCAACAAAAAGAUUUGAUUUUCUGAAUAACAUAGAAAAUUUUGAUGCAAAUGUACGUAUCAAUACUGAAGCAUUUACAAUUAGACAGAGUAAUUUAAAAGACUUUCACUUAGAUGCAUUAAUAAGAAAUAAUACUAUCACAGUAAGGCAAGUAAACUACGCACUAGAAGAGGGGAAAGUAUCUUUUCAGGGUUAUAUGAGGUCAGAUUCGAUGUAUACAAGAUUUUUUAUUUCAGAGUUAGAAGUUAGCAAGAUGAGUAAAGCCGUAGGAAUUAAUAAUGCAAGGGGUCAAGUAAGUUUAAGUGGUACAGUCAAAACUCAUGGAAAAAGUCUUUAUGAUUGGGCUAAUAACUACUUAGGGGAAGUAAAAUUAGGAGCGCAGAAAGUAACAUUUUCCAACAUAGAUUUGAAUUCAUUCAUUACUAAUUUACUGGGUAGUAAGAAUAAAUCUGAAGUUGUUACAUUUGCUAAUGUUGAUAUAUAUAAAGGCAGUACAUCUUUUAGAAACCUUAAGGGAAAAGCAAGCAUCAGUAAUGGUAUAUGCUCAACAGGGUUACAGUUUCAAAUUGACCGAGCAUCUGGAGCGAUUUCUGCUAACCUAAACUUAUCUAAUUUCAAUGUAGAUUCCAUAUUAAGGUUGUUUUUUAUACCACCAAACCAGAGUAAUUCAGUGUAUAUAGAUAUGCAUUUAGAUGGUCCUAUUUGGAACCCUAAGGUGAGUUUUGAGAUAGAUAAAAUAUUUGCUACUUUUAUAAAAGAUAAUACUUAG